CAUUUCAUUAGUUAGAGAGAAUGUGUGGUAUGUGGAUGUGGUAUAUGAAGUAUGGACAAUGUAUAGGGGUGUUGUUAGUAUAGUGCAGUGUAACAUUUAAAGGUCAUAAUUUCAUAUGUACACUUAUCAUUUAGUUCUACUUAUCUGGAGUUUUACAAACACAUAGACACCGCACAAGGUUCUGAGGAAAUUGUGCCAACAUUCGAUACAAUGUAAGAAUCAACUAGUGCCAACCGAGAUUAUUGUUAUCAAAAUAAUCAGACCGCUUAAAAACAUAUUUUCUUAUAAAUUGCAUUUUUAAGAUACGCCUUUAGUUUUGCAAUUUUAGCAAUGAUGGGUGAUCUUUUAUGUUUUAUAUAAACGAUUUGAUUACAAAACUGUAAUAUAACGGGUCGCACAAGCGAAGGUGUCAUAUAGCUUGUUUGGAUGCAGGUACCUGUAAUCACUAGUGAUAAGUGGGCGUGAUAUCAGCUGUAGUGAUUGUCAAGUGAGUGUCAAGGAGCGAAGACGCCUCGGACUUGAGUUGUGGAUACUUUGUGGCUAGAUUUGCAAUGAAUUCAUGUGCCGAUGAAACAACAGUAGCGUAGCUAAUAUGCCGACGGAGUAAGACUGGAGCGCAGUACCACGGCCUCUUCGGAGAGGGAGAGCGCGCAGGGAGCCGAAUCUCUCCCUCACGCCGACCAGGACGCGGUAGAACCCGCCACUCCUACCUGUUGGUGGGGCAAGUGGUCAUCAAUGGGCUGUUUCAAGUCGUUAGGAGGUCACAGGAACGAAAGCGAAGACGCGAAGGAGCAGAGAAGACGGAACCAUGCCAUAAAUCAACAGCUCAAACAAGAUAGAGAGCUGUACCAAGCGACGCACCGGCUUCUCCUGCUGGGCGCCGGCGAGUCCGGGAAGUCGACGAUCGUGAAGCAGAUGCGCAUCCUGCACGUCAACGGCUUCUCCGACAAGGAGCGCAAGGAGAAGAUCGAGGACAUCAAGAAGAACGUUCGAGAUGCCAUCAUUACGAUCACCGGUGCCAUGAGUACCUUAACACCUCCGAUUCCUCUCGAGAAACCGGAGAAUAAACCACGCGUGGAUUACAUUCAGGACGUGGCGUCGCAGCCGGACUUCGACUACCCUUCGGAGUUCUACGAGCACACGGAGGCGCUGUGGAAGGACCAGGGCGUGCAGCGCACCUACGAGCGCAGCAACGAGUACCAGCUCAUCGACAGUGCCAAAUACUUCCUGGACAAGAUCCACGUGAUCAGACAGCCGGGCUACACGCCCACCGAGCAGGACGUCCUCCGCUGCCGGGUCCUCACAUCCGGAAUCUACCAGACGCAGUUCGUCGUGGACAAAGUUCACUUCCAUAUAUUCGAUGUCGGCGGACAACGCGACGAAAGACGCAAAUGGAUCCAGUGCUUCAACGAUGUUACCGCGAUCAUCUUCGUGGCGGCCUGCUCCGCCUACAACAUGGUGCUGCGCGAGGACCCCACGCAGAACCGGCUGCGCGAGUCCCUGGAUCUGUUCAAGAGCAUCUGGAACAACCGGUGGCUGCGGACCAUCUCCGUCAUCCUGUUCCUCAACAAGCAGGACCUGCUCGCCGAGAAGGUGCUGGCGGGGAAGUCUCGGCUCGAGGACUACUUCCACGAGUUCGCCCAGUACCAGACCCCGACUGACAUGAAGCCAGACCCCAAAGAUCACCCUGAAGUGACCCGCGCCAAGUUCUUCAUUCGUGAGGAGUUUCUGCGCAUCAGCACCGCCACGGGCGACGGCAAGCACGACUGCUACGCUCACUUCACGUGCGCCGUCGACACCGACAACAUCCAACGAGUGUUCAACGGCUGCCGGAACAUCAUCCAGCGGUGGCAUUUGAAGCAAUACGAACUACUAUAGCGGACAUACGCGUACUGAGUACUUUAGAGCUAACCAAUGUGAUUGCAUUUACGUCUGUUUCGAACCGUCCACAGCAAAAACACAAACGGACAGACAAACCAACAGACACGACACGGACAUAGCUUCGCUCGCGACCUCCCUGCCCUUUGUUAACCAUGAAAAUACAACGUAAGUACAUAAUAUAACUAGUAUUAUUUUUAUUGAUUAAGAAACUUAAUACGGGCAGAGGCGUAUCGAGGGGGACAAGGGGGACAUGAUGCCCCGGGCGCUACUCACAAAGGGGCGCCAAAUGGUACUACGCAAAACAAAAAAUUGCUGGUUUUUUUUAAUUAUUAUUUUAUUAUUUAUUAUAUAUAUAAAAAUCAAAUCCAAUAGAAUUAUAAUUUGCGCAUGUAAUUAUCUUAUAUAAUUGCUAGUUUCGUUUUGUGAGACCCAAAAGGGCGGUGACUAUAAUCACCGAGAAGCAGUAAUGCGUUUUUAGGCACUGGGCAGCAGUCGUACAAUUUGGUACUUAUACCUCAAGCCUCAUGCCCCAAAACGGCGUCCUAUAUCUGUUGUGUACAAGCUUCGGGAGCCCCUUUCCAUCAAGUUGGCCGUAAGCUCGUCCAGCCAUUAAUUAGUCGUAUAUUUAGAAGCCAUUGAUUUCCAUUAACACGUCAUAGUUAAUAUCACCAAUACCUAUGAAAGAGUCUUUAAUAAAUUUUAUUAUAUAAUAAAUAAUAUUUAAUAAUAAUAAAAUAAAUAAUAUUUUAAUUUCCAGGUCGAAUUUGACGAUGUUUUGGAGUUAGCUGCACAAAGUGCUAUUUUUGUUAUUAAAUUUUUUAUGAACUUUUUUUUUAUAGAAGAAAUAUAUUUUUAAUACUAACGUAAUUAUUUAACGAAUGGAAUUAUUUUUCGAAUAUUUUAUGAGAAGUGGUCCACGCUCGCCUUACUAUCGUUAAGUGUUUAAAUUAAUCUAAGUGAUAAUAUAUUGUUUUUUAUUUAUAUUAUAUUAUGUAAUAUUUUAUAUGACUUGUUGUUUAAGUGAAUAAAGUAUAUUUUUAGAGUUA